UAUACACCGCCAGCACUAUAUGGACGACUAUAUUGAUAGUCUGCCGGAUGAAGCUACCGCUAUCAGUAUGGUAAAGAAUAUUCGCGAUAUUCACAGUGCGGGAGGUUUCGAAAUCCGCAACUGGACGUGUAAUAGCGCAAAUGUGCUCGACACUAUACCUAAGGAUAUUUUAGGUAAUACAGCUGUGAGGUUUGGACUGGACGAACAUGAUGAAGGUGAGCGCACUCUUGGACUGAUUUGGUACCCUGCCAAGGAUGAACUGGGGUUCGAUGUGUCAUUCAAGCGCAUUCCCGACAGCGUCAUCAAAGGCGAACUGAGACCUACGAAGAGGGUUAUGUUGCGUGUUAUUAUGUCAAUUUUUGACAUUUUUGGGUUCUUGUCACCCUUUACUACACAAGGCAAAGUUAUGCUGCAGGACACCUGGCGUCUCCAUAUCGACUGGGACGAUAUUAUUCCAGAUGAAUUGUAUAAAAAAUGGUGCAGUUGGUUGGAAUUAUUGAAGGUUAUUGGAGAAAUUCGCCUGCCAAGAUGGUACCAGUCAUGCGCUACCAGGUGUAAGAUGGGAGAUGAGUUGACCACAACUUUACCAGGCUCUUCUUUUCAUGCCGUGACCGAGCAAUGCUACAGUGACUUAGAACUGCAUUUAUUCAGUGACGCCUCACUAAAGGCAAUGUCAGCGGUUGCGUACUGGCGUUGGAAGAGUAAAGAUCAGAUAUGUGUCGCGUUUGUUGCUAGAAAAAGCCGAGUAUCUUCGGUGAAACCUCAAACUGUGCCGCGAUUGGAACUUCAAGCUGCGUUGCUAGCAGCUCGACUCGCUGACUCAAUAGCGAAGGCACAUCGUUUGCACGUCACACGGCGAUACUUUUGGUGCGAUUCAAGUACGGUGCUACACUGGAUUGGCAACAACACUCGUCGAUACAAGACUUUCGAGGCUAAUAGAUUAGGCGAGAUCGACGACCUGUCACAAGCCUCUGAAUGGAGAUAUGUGCCAACAGGACUGAACGUGGCGGACAUUGCUACAAGAGAAACGUUCAACUAUCAGUCCUUUCUUAAUGAGUGGUUCAAGGGACCCGAGUUUUUGCACAGCGAUGAGACUUGCUGGCCAGCGAACGUCCUGGAACCCGAAAAUGAAGUCGGCGCUGAAGCUUGCAUGACCGUAGUACAAAACUCACGUACAUGUUUCCCGGUUCCUGACCCUGAGCGCUUCUCCUCGUGGCUACGAUUUAUGCGAUCUACCGCUUGUGUUCUCAAGUUUACAAAUAAAUGCAGAGGUAUCGCACUUGACGACUACGCCCUGGUGGAACAAGUAAAGCAGUUAAUCCUGCGGCAAGCUCAAGAAGAUUCCUUUGCCAGUGACAUACAAGCAGUAAAGGCAGGAAAAGACUUGCCACGCGAUAGUCGGCUGAGAAAUCUAUCUCCUUACUUGGACGAGAACAAUGUAUUACGCGUGAGCGGCCGCAUUGAUGCUGUUUUUGACUUACCUCAGGAAGCGAAACGGCCCAUUAUUCUUGACGGACGGCAUCCUACUGCCAAGCUUUUGGUUAAGCACUAUCAUGUGAAGGCUGCCCACGGACACCAAGAAGCGGUAGUAAAUGAUUUAAAACAAGAAUUCUGGAUAAUUCACUUGCGACCUACCGUCAAAAAUGUUGCGUCUCGUUGCAUGCUCUGCAGGUUAAGAAAGGCUACCCCGCAGGUGCCUCGGAUGGGUGACUUACCUCAAGCGCGCAUGGCGCAUCAUCAACGUGCCUUCACCUUUUGCGGGAUCGAUCUGUUUGGGCCCAUGUAA